CCCGGAGCUAUAAAGCAGGCGGCAGCCGCUCGCCUCCCUCGCCCUAAGCGCGCGAACGCCCGCCAGGUUUCCACGCGGCUCCCGCUGGGCGGACUCCUGGGCGAGAUGGAGUGGGUGUGGGCGCUCGUGCUGCUGGCGGCGCUGGGCAGCGGCCACGCGGAGCGCGACUGCAGGGUGAGCAGCUUCCGAGUCAAGGAGAACUUCGACAAGGCUCGCUUCUCUGGGCUGUGGUACGCCAUAGCCAAGAAGGACCCCGAAGGUCUCUUUUUGCAAGACAACAUCAUCGCUGAGUUCUCCGUGGACGAGAAGGGCCAUAUGAGCGCCACGGCCAAAGGCCGGGUCCUUAUUCUGAGUAACUGGGAAGUGUGUGCAGACAUGGUGGGCACUUUCACAGACACAGAAGAUCCUGCCAAGUUCAAGAUGAAGUACUGGGGUGUAGCCUCCUUUCUCCAGAGAGGAACUGAUGACCACUGGAUCAUCGACACGGACUACGACACGUAUGCACUGCAGUACUCCUGCCGCCUGCUGAACCUGGACGGCACCUGUGCAGAUAGCUACUCCUUUGUGUUUUCACGUGACCCCAAUGGCCUGUCUCUAGAGACGCGGAAGCUGGUGAGGCAGCGGCAGGAGGAGCUGUGCCUAGGAAGGCAAUACCGGUGGAUUGAACACAAUGGUUUCUGUCAAAGCAAACCCUCAAGAAACAGUUUGUAGUAGCAUCAAGAAUGUGAAGUUUCAGUUGUAAACAUCUGAUUAACUCUCACUCAGUCUUCAUCUCUAUUUAUCUUAGGAGUUUAGCCCUCUUCAGCCUUACUCUCUCUUGGUGAACGUGAAAGCUUCAUUGUCAGACAUAAUAAUAGGCUUGGGAAUGGCUGAAUCUGUUCAUCCAAAUGUACAUCUUACUGAAAUUCCCUGAGAGACUAUUUGAGGCUUGGGAUUCCAAACUUGAUUUAUUAAAAAUAUAGUCACCAGCUUC